UAGUACCCUGGAGAUUUGACCCCUAAUUAGACCAUAGUGCCGGAUCGGAAUAUGACCAUCACCGCGACAACUGUGCGAUAAUCCGAAUGUCAAAAAUAAAGAUUAUUCGUUUACGGAUCGUUGUACUGACAACACCUUCAGCCUUCUGUUAAUUCUUCUGCCUUCCGAUUUUGUGCCUUUUAUAAGUUCAACGUUUAAUACAAAUUGGUAAAACUCGAGGUUUUACAUCUCAGAAGUGGGAUUGUGCCAUGCCGUCUAAAGAAGAUAUGUUGUGUGCGCUGGAGAACGCGAAAGUGCCGGUGCCUCCAACCGCUACGAUUGCUCAAAUCCGCAUGUUGUACGAGGAGCUAUUUCCUAGAAGUCACGUUGUAGCCGAACAAAAGCUUGCGCCCGAAGUAACGCAUGAAAGUGUUGAUACUGGGGAUUUGGCGAUAAAGCAAAUGAAUGACGAGCAAGAAAUUGUCAAGACAGCUAAUUCUGGCGGGUUAGAGACGGAAUUAGAAACACUGCAGAAGGAGCUGCAAGUGCUCGAACUUCGUCAGAAAAUCGCUAUGCUGAAGUCAUCUAACAUCGCUUCGACUUCGCUACCAUCAUCAUCAUCACCACCACCGCUGCCUUUACCUACAGCGCAGCCAGUGCCGCCAUCUUUAACAUCGUCACCACCGCUCCCUUUGCCGCUACCUACAGUGCUGCCAGUGUAUGUACCCAACUUUGAAGACUUCAUAGGAAAAUUUAGUGGUGAAAGAGGAGGAGUAGGGGUGGAGCACUGGUUUCGAGAAUUUGAACAAGUAUGUAGCUUGUACACACUAAACGACCAGCUGAAAUUUUUCUGUAUGCGCCGCCUGCUCACCGACACCGCCGCCAUUUUUGCUAAAACCUCAGGCGCAUGCACCUAUGAGACACUGAAAGCUGACCUUAUUAGUACUUUCACAUCAAAAACAUCACUAGAAGAAGUGUUUAAAAAACUAAGGGCACGACAUCUCUCGCAACAUGAAAGCAUCACAAGGUAUGUGUUGGAAAUGCAGCAAAUAGCGGGCACCGUCAUUCCAGAGGAAGACUUGGUCAAUAUUAUAAUUGACGGAAUUGAUGAUCCUAUUAAUACGUCAUCCAUACGUUUCGCUGCAAAAUCGCUCGAGCACCUUAAAACCCUGCUGAAAAAAUACGAAACUUUUCGUCAAACUCGUGGCGUGACUCCUACACCAGCACCGUUACGCACUAAACCCCCAGCUCCACCCCGCAGCACUGGCCCCUCGCGUCAAUGGGCGCAGAACAACAAUAAUGAACCGGCCAGAUGCUUUAACUGUUCUCAAUUCGGCCAUUAUCAAAGCGCUUGCCCAAUGCCACGCCGCCCCAAGGGAUCCUGUUUUAAAUGCCACCAAAUGGGACAUACACAUCGAGAGUGCCGAAACUUCCAGCCCGUUACGACUGCUGCGGUGCACCAUCUGGGUUCCCAUGGAUUCGAUGAGGAAACUGCGGACCAAAUACUGCUUAGCGAAAUUGAAACGCCGACCCAAACGGAUAAUUAGUGACCGAGGUACCUGCUUCACGUCCAAUCAGUUCGAAAAUUUCCUUAGAUCAAAUGAGGUACAGCAUGUACUCAACGCUACUGGUUCACCACAAGCAAACGGACAAGUCGAAAGGGUUAACCGCGUACUUCGACCCAUACUCAGCAAACUUUCGGACUCUUAUGAUCACGAUGAUUGGAAUUUGCAUUUACUGGAUGCUGAAUAUGCGUUGAAUAAUUCAAAGCACGCCAGUACGAAGUUUUCACCCUCAGUUCUCCUGUUUGGUAUUGAACAACGGGGUCAUUUAAUUGAUGAACUAACGGAGUUUUUAGACGAGCGUCGUGGAAGUACACUAAAUGAUUUAAGCGACAUUCGGGCUGAAGCAUCGGCAAAUAUAAUUAAAUCUCAGCUUACCAAUGAGGCAUAUUUUCGUAAAAAUCAUAAACCAGCAGCUAAAUAUGAAGUUGGAGAUUAUGUAGUAAUGCGGAACAUUGAUAGCAACACUCAGCAGAAUAAGAAGUUGAUUCCUAAAUAUAAAGGUCCGUACAUAGUCCAUAAGGUAUUGCCUAACGAUCGCUAUGUCAUUAGGGACAUUGAGGGCUGUCCAAUAACUCAGAUGCCAUAUGAUGGCAUAUUAGAAUCAAACAAGUUGAAGAAAUGGAGUGAGCCGUAUGAAACCGUUAACGAAAUUUGAAUUACUAAUAUUUACACAUAAAUUGAGGUCAAUUUGUUGGUUAGGAUGGCCGAGCUGUAGUACCCUGGAGAUUUGACCCCUAAUUAGACCAUAGUGCCGGAUCGGAAUAUGACCAUCACCGCGACAACUGUGCGAUAAUCCGAAUGUCAAAAAUAAAGAUUAUUCGUUUACGGAUCGUUGUACUGACAA